CUAUACAUCUACCCGUUAUAUAGUAUAGUAAAUCCAUGGCCGUUGAAAUUAUCUCAAAGUGCUCGCCUCUUUCAUUAUAUUUUAAACUUCAGAUUUCAGUUCAUUGUAUUGUUUCAAUAAUUAUUCAUAUUCCGUACAGUAAAACUUUCCUAUUCCUACUUUAUAAUCUGCUGAUUUUUUUUAAAAAUGACAUUGACAUAUAUCAGGUGUCACUUAAUAGCUUGAUAGGAAAUACUAGGUGUUAAUGAAAAUAAAAAUAAAUAAACAUUUAAUGAACAUAAAAGAAUAGUAAUAAUAUCAGCAAAUAAAUACACAACAUAGAAUUGUAACAUUCCAAUUUUGUAAUUGAGCAUGAUCAUGCAAUCUAUAAUGUAAUUAAAUUUACAUCACAAUAAAUAUUCUUAUGUUUUUGUAUAAAAAUGGGAAAAUGUUAAGACAAAAAAGAUUUAAUGAGAUUAAUCAAUGUAAAAUUCGAUAUGCAGGCUAAGAAGCGUUAUAUUUUACUUCUGCUUUCAUGUAGCUUAAUUAUUUAUGGCUACUUCAGUGGAUUUCGUUUAAAAACUGAAUUUGCACAAAAGAGUCGUCGUGAUCAACUUCCUUCAUUUGCAACUCUCGAAGAAUUAUACGAGGCCCCUUCUCGACAAAAAAGAAGCCCUCAUGCCACAGUAAAAUCAUGUCGUAUGGAGACAUGCUUUGAUUUUUCAAAAUGUGGAGAUGACCCUAAAGUAUAUGUUUAUCCUACUGAUGGCCCAGUCAGUGCUACAUAUCGCAAAGUAUUAUCAGUGCUCAGGGAAUCAAGAUAUGCCACACGUGACCCAAAUGAGGCAUGUUUGUUUUUACCAGCCGUGGAUACUUUGGAUGCUGAUCCUUUGUCACCGGAACAUAUACCUGAUGUAGCUCAAAGGUUAUCAAGGUUGCCUCAUUGGAAGAAUGGUCGUAAUCAUAUUAUAUUCAACUUAUACGCUGGCACCUGGCCUGAUUAUGCUGAGAAUGCAUUAGGUUUUGACCCAGGUGAAGCAAUUUUGGCAAGAGCAAGUGCCUCAGAAACUAUUUUUCGUGAUGGCUUUGACAUAUCUUUGCCUUUGUUUCAUAAAGAGCACCCCGAGAGAGGUGGUGCUGCACCUGCUGCAACUGCUAAUCCCUUUCCAGCACCAAAGAGACAUUUGCUAGCAUUUAAAGGAAAACGAUAUGUGCAUGGUAUUGGAAGUGAGACAAGGAACUCAUUAUGGCAUCUACAUGAUGGUAACAACCUUAUAUUGGUAACAACAUGUCGACAUGGAAAGUCCUGGAAAGACCUGAGGGAUGAGAGGUGUGAUGAAGACAACAGAGAAUAUGACAAAUUUGAUUAUGAGCAGUUGUUAGCAAAUUCAACAUUCUGCUUAGUUGCGAGGGGGCGGCGCCUCGGGUCUUACCGAUUCUUAGAGGCGCUGGCCGCUGGCUGUGUUCCUGUAUUAUUAAGUAAUGGUUGGAGGUUACCAUUUGAUGAACGUAUUGAUUGGCGACGCGCUGUAAUAUGGGCUGAUGAGCGUCUUUUGCUACAGGUGCCAGAGCUUGUGCGUUCAGUUCCUCCUGAACGUAUACUUGCUUUGCGACAGCAAACGCAAUUAUUAUGGCAACAGUACUUUUCUUCUAUUGAGAAAAUAGUUUUUACAACCGUAGAGCUGUUAUUUGAGCGGAUUUUAGCGCAUCGAUCUUCGAGACAACGCGAGGCACUUAUUUGGAAUGCGUCACCUGGCGCUCUGGGCAUUCUGGCCACGUACGGGGAUUCCCGGGCACAUUAUCCUAUAGCAGUAGCAGUGCCCGUGGCUCCCCCCGCGCCCGCGCCUCCGCCCAUCCCCCUGCCUGUACCGUCCGUACCAUCCACGUCACCGCCCCCAACGCCUGGAAACACUUAUACUGCCCUGUUGUAUGUCCAAACAACAUCACCCGCGUUGCAUAAACUACUCGCUAACAUAGCUAGCAGUGAAUACUGCGAAAAGGUAGUGUUGGUGUGGGACAGUGAACGCGCGGCCCCGACUCUCAAGUCGCUAGCGCGCAUGGCGGGCGAUGAACGUGAGCCGCUACCGGUGGUCGUUAUCGAUGCCACCACUCAUUACCCCGGUGAAGGUGUAUCGGCGAGAUGGCAGCCGUUGUGGGCCGUCCCCACGGCAGCGGUCUUCUCAUUAGACGGAGACGCGCCGCUGUUGGCUGAGGAGUUAGACUUCGCCUUCCGCGUGUGGCAGCACUUCCCAGAGCGCAUAGUGGGCUACCCAGCUAGAAGUCAUUACUGGGAUGAGGCCAAGGGUGCAUGGGGCUAUAGCAGUAGAUGGGGCGGUGCGUAUUCCAUGGUGCUGCCGGGCGCAGCGCUGGUGCACCGCGCGGCGCUCGCGCUGUACGGUGCCGGCGCGCCCGCGCUGCGCCUGGCCGUGCGGCGCGCGCGCAACUGCGAGGACAUCCUGCUCAACUGCCUCGUCGCGCACCUCACGCGCCGCCCGCCGCUCAAGCUGGCGCAGCGACGACGUUACAAGCCUCCGCACCACAGAUACAGCAGGUCAUCGUGGAGCGACCCGGAGCACUUCGUGCAGCGGCAGUCCUGUCUGAACACGUUCGCGACGGCGUGGGGUUACAUGCCGCUGCUGCGCUCCGUGCUGCGUCUCGACCCCAUACUGUUCAAGGAUCCCGUCUCCACGCUCAGGAAGAAAUACAGGAAGAUGGAGCUAGUCACCUACUAGACGUAGAUCUUUGUGUUUUUAGUCAACAUCUUAGAUGGGUUUCUGUUCAUAAAUAUUCUAGUAUAUAUGAAUAGUUGAAAAAUGAAAUGUCACAUCAAUCGAUGGAUAUAAAUGAGAGAAAACUGUGAUUAACUUUAUUCAUAAUAAUUAAAGUUAAUUACAUUUAUCUUUUUACAAUCUGACAUAACAUUUAUGUAGAAUAUUUAAGUGACAUAGAUCAAACUACAGUUAUAGCGGUUAUUUACUUAAAAAUCUGCACCAUUAUUGUAGUAGUACGAAAUAUAUUGUUUACACAAUUGUUGUUAAAAUAAUACUUUUUACAUCCUCACCCAUCCUCAACAGUACUGUCAAGUCUUAUUGCUACCCUUGUUCGAGAAACAUUCUACUUUCUUGUCAAUUCCUACGAAAGUCUGGAACUGUCGCUCUGAGAUCCUCUUAGUAAAGAUUUAUCUUAUCAAAUCUAACCGCCCGAGAGAGGACAGACCGUCAGGUAUCUUCUGCAUCACCUCGAUGGCUGGUACUCUUUAAAAGCGCAGUGUAGUUUCUAAGCCAGUACGACUUAGGAUCCUUUAAGAAGCGAGCGUUGCUUUUUGUCAUAGUCGGCAACAUAUCUGCAGAUUCUCUUGUGGUGCAGAUGUCCAUUAGCGGUAGUGAUCACUUUAGAUUUAUCGCUCCGCGUUUGUCCUCUGGUUUUAUUUAAAAAAAACUACCGGACUCGCUUUUUUUUUUAAUGGUUGCCAUUGUUUGCCUUGAGGAGGCAUUUACAGCUUCACCGCGCUUGUGGUGGCUGAGCGCCGAUGGCACUUAGCCUAAACCUCGUUUAAGAGACCGGACUCGCUAGACCCAGACUUCUGAGUACGUCAUUUCCAGGAACUAAGAAAGAAAUUAAACACUUCAUUUGGUGUUUGUGUUUAACUAAUUACUUGGACGACGUAGGUCUUAGUAAAAACCACUUAGUAAAAAGCAAAAGUACGUACAAACGCGUAUAAAAGUGCAUUCACCUCCUUACUUAUCGGUUAUUAAACAUGUUCUAAAAUAAAUCGGUAUUAAAUUAAUAGGAACACUUUGGCAUACCAGAAGGGGUCAUCUAACUGCAUCGGAUUGGUAAAUGUUGCAUAAGUAGAACGCAAGCUGACAUAACGAAAACUUCGCAAUCAGCUGGUCGGCCUUGGCCCUAAUGGUCGCGGUGGCGGUGGGCCGCCGGGCGCCGCAGCGGCAAGCACGCUUCGCACUAGCAGCUCGCAGUGUUAUCGGUGCAGUCAAACCUAUUGCUUGCAGUGCACCACGCCGGCUUUAACUACUCUGUGACUUAAAACAUCGAUCAGUGCGUAUCUGGCAUAUUCAAAAUAACUGAAAUGUAUUUUGUAUAAAAAAUAAAGUGGAGUCUCACUGUGACUGUACUCUGCUGAGUAUGUUGAAUAUUCAUAAGAAUGUAUUGUUUCGGUCCCAUCGCGCAAGGUGCUUAGAAUAACUUGAAUAAAAAGGCUGCAAAAAGUGUAACUUCCUGCUAAGAAAACAAGAGUACGUGAUAAGGAUAAAAAUUAGAAUCUGACCACUGUUUUUAAAAGUUUACUUUUAUUCAUUAUUUAAAAAAAUAACGAAUAAGAUAUUUCCGUCACCUCUGGUAAACUUGGAGUAAACUGAAAAGAUCGAUGUGAGUAAAAUUAUGUCGCAAAAGUUAUAUAUAUUUGUCGUUGGCGCCAUUGUGAUCGCUGUGGCAGCACUCCCGGCCGCCGCGCAACCACCAACAGCCGAUGGGUCCAUAAGCAAAGAUCGUGCCUUAAGAUAUGUUACAUUGAAGGCUGGAAAAAAUGUAGCAACCACUCCACAACGAGGAUUUUUUGGUACAAUAUUCAAUCUUAUUUUGGAGCAAAUCAAUGAUACUAAAAGUGCGUACAGUCAAAUUUCGGGAUUAGUCAACAACCAAUUUGCUGAUAAUGAUGAUAAAUCAAAGCCCAAUGCUAACAAUGGAACUGCAGAAGCGGGAAAAAUAACAAGAGCAGAAUUUUUGAAAAUACUUGACAGAAAUUUUAAAGGAUUAGCACGACUUCGAAAUCUUGAAUGGCGUGAAGCGAGAAAGGAUUCAUGGGCAAAUCUCGUGGAGUACAAAAAUGAAAUAUUCUCUGGAAAAAAACCAAGAAAUAGAAGAUAACAACGACGUAAAAAUCAUUUUUUUU